UCCUUAUCCGACGCCGAGUGGGGGGAAUGAAUUAAAUAAAAACUAAAUGGAUCGUUUGAUUCUUCUUCAUCUUCGUGAUGAGUCAGUUAACCAAACAAAACAAAAAAAAAAGGUCAAACCGUCUCUACUUUUUGAUAUUCUCCCAGAAUUCUUCACCUGAUCAAGUUUUCCGAAGAUAAGACAAAAAUGGAUGAAUUGCCAGACCAUUUAGUUUGGGACAUCCUCAGUAAGCUUCAUACCACCAGUGACAGAAACUCGGUUUCACUCUCAUGCAGGCGUUUCUAUUCCCUUGACAACGACCAACGAUAUUCUCUGCGUGUCGGCUGCGGUUUAGUUCCUGCAACUGAUGCGUUGCUUUCUCUCUCCAGGAGGUUUCCUAAUCUAUCCAAAGUAGAGAUUACAUACUCGGGUUGGAUGUCAAAACUAGGCAAACAACUUGACGAUCAGGGUCUUCUUGUCCUCACUACUAACUGUCCUUCUCUCACUGAUCUCACUCUUAGCUACUGCACCUUCAUCACCGAUGUUGGCAUCCGUCAUUUGUCAUCGUGUCCAGAGCUUUCUUCUUUAGUGUUAAACUUCGCUCCCAGGAUCACUGGUUGUGGUGUAUUGUCACUCGCUGUAGGAUGCAAGAAACUCAGGAGACUUCACCUCGUUCGUUGCCUAAACGUUGCAAGUGUGGAGUGGUUGGAGUAUUUCGGAAAGCUUGAGACUUUAGAAGAACUCUGUAUCAAGAACUGCAGAGCCAUUGGGGAAGGUGAUUUAAUCAAGCUGAGGAACAGCUGGAGAAAGCUUAGGAGUCUGCAGUUUGAGGUAGAUGCUAAUUACAGGUACAUGAAGGUUUAUGAUCAAGUAGCUGUGGAACGUUGGCCUAAACAGUUGGUUCCUUGUGACAAUCUGGUGGAGCUCAGCCUUGGUAACUGCAUCAUAGCUCCAGGUAGAGGGAUAGCUUGUGUGUUUCGAAAUUGCAAGAACCUGGAGAAGCUUCAUCUGGAUAUGUGUAUCGGUGUCAGCGACUCGGACAUCGUAGCAUUGGUUCAAAAAGCUAAACACCUCAGAAGCAUCUCACUUCGCGUACCAUCUGAUUUCACUCUGCCUCUAUUAAACAACAUCACCCUAAGAUUAACCGAUGAGAGCCUCAGUGCCAUAGCUCAACACUGCUCUCAGCUCGAACGUUUCAAGAUCUCUUUCUCAGACGGGGAAUUCCCUUCGCUCUUCUCUUUCACCCUUCAGGGGAUAAUCACACUGAUGGAGAAAUGCCCGAUUCGAGAGCUUUCUCUUGAUCAUGUUUGUUCUUUCAACGACACGGGGAUGGAGGCUCUGUGUUCAGCUCAGAAUCUAGAGAUCUUGGAGCUUGUCCACUGCCAGGAAGUGAGCGACGAGGGUUUGAUUCUGGCGAGCCAGUUUCCUUCUCUGAGUGUGUUGAAACUAUCAAAAUGUCUCGGAGUUACAGACGAGGGACUGAGACCACUAGUUGGAUCUCAGAAGCUGGAGUUGCUUGUGGUUGAAGAUUGUCCUCAGGUUUCUAGAAGAGGUGUUCAUGAUGCUGCAUCGUCUGUAUCUUUCAGGCAAGACUUGUCAUGGAUGUAUUGAGAGCGCAUUAUUAGUUUCGUAUGUACAUUAUCACAUUACUUACUAUACUAUUCAUUCGGUCUUAUUAGUUUGUGGUCAGAAAGUACUACUAAUGGGCCUCGUGGGGAUGACGUCGUGUCGAUCGAGUUUAAGAUGACGUCAUGCGGGUGGUGUAGUGUCUGUACUCUGUAGUAGGCUCCUAGGAUGACGUAACGUUGUUAUUUAUCUUUAAUUUAAUGACGGGUUAUAUAAAUAUAGCGUCAUACACAUUACAUAAUUAAAGAAAAAAUGUUAAAAGUUUUUUUGACUGAUA